AUGGAUUCUUCUAAAUUGGAAUUACUAUUUGAACAACAAGUGAAAUUAAUGGAAAUUUUCGUCAACCAACAGACUGGUUCAACUUCACCUUCAAGCAGUUUGAAUCAUACCAUGCUACCAUCUGUCGACGGCAUUGUGAACAGUAUUUCACAGUUCAAUUAUGAUCCAGAGGCUAAUGUCACUUUUGACACAUGGUAUCAACGAUAUGAGGAUUUAUUCACAGUUGAUCUCGCCUCACAAGACGAUGCUUGGAAGGUGCGAGUGAUAUUGCGUAAAUUGGGUCCCGCAGAAUAUGAACGGUACUGCAACCUAAUUUUACCCCACAAACCACGUGACAAGUGUUUCGAUGAUACAAUAAAGCUGCUGCGUGAACAUUUUGGAGACCACUCAUCAUUAUUCAGCAUACGUUAUUGUUGCCUCAAGCUGACAAUGAAUGAAAAUGAUGAUUUCCUUACUCACGUUGGCACAGUCAACCGAGAAUGUGAGAGAUUUUGA